ACCUAUGAUUUUUGGGAAUAAAAAAUUUACCACUGUCAAACUCUCCCUUAAUCUUACAUUGAGGAGAUAAAAUCACAAUUAAUUUGAGAUGUUUUUUUCUCUUAUUACACUAUUAUAUUGGGAAAGGAUAUAAUACAAAUGCGAAAAGAACGCUUACGCAAGCAGAAAUUACCGUGACAUGUUGCGUGAAAGGAAAGCUCCACAAACAUCAACACGUCUCUUUUUGCGGUGUUGCCUUGGCUCACCCUUGCUUGGAUGAUACAUAACACUUGAAGCAUUAGACCUGCAGGUGCUGCAACAUAUAUUUGUAAAUGCUUGGUGUCUCAUUGGCGUGUAAAAUUACUAACAUAAGCCAUAAUCUACUCAGCCUCCUUGAUAAAUGUAAAUCAAUUCUUGAACUGAAGCAACUGCAUGCUGUUGUGAUCUCCUGUGGCUUAUCUCAAGAUGACCCAUUUAUAUCCAAAAUUCUUUGUUUUUCUGCUCUGUCCAAUUCAGGCGACAUUAACUAUUCCUACAGGGUAUUCUCCCAGCUUUCCAGUCCAACAAUUUUUAGCUGGAAUACAAUCAUAAGAGGAUACUCAAACAGCAAAAAUCCAAUCCAAUCCCUAUCCAUUUUUCUAAAGAUGCUGCGACUUGGGGUUGCACCAGAUUAUCUUACAUACCCAUUUCUUGUGAAGGCAUCAGCGCGCCUUUUAAACCAGGAAACUGGUGUAUCUGUGCAUGCCCACAUUAUAAAAACUGGGCAUGAAUCUGAUAGGUUUAUCCAGAAUUCUUUGAUUCACAUGUAUGCUGCUUGCGGGAAUAGUAUGUGGGCUCAAAAGGUAUUUGAUAGUAUACAGCAAAAAAAUGUGGUUUCAUGGAAUUCCAUGUUGGAUGGUUAUGCUAAGUGUGGAGAAAUGGUUAUGGCUCAAAAAGCUUUUGAGUCCAUGUCAGAAAAGGAUGUUCGGUCGUGGAGCUCUUUGAUUGAUGGUUAUGUUAAGGCUGGGGAAUACAGUGAAGCUAUGGCCAUCUUUGAAAAGAUGCAGUCUGCUGGGCCUAAAGCCAAUGAAGUAACCAUGGUGAGUGUCUCAUGUGCCUGUGCACACAUGGGUGCUUUAGAAAAGGGGAGAAUGAUAUACAAGUACAUAGUUGACAAUGGACUGCCACUGACAUUGGUCUUGCAGACUUCUCUUGUGGACAUGUAUGCCAAAUGUGGGGCAAUAGAGGAGGCUUUGCUUAUAUUCCGCCGUGUCUCUAAGAGUCAAACUGACGUGUUGAUUUGGAAUGCAGUGAUUGGAGGUCUUGCAACACAUGGAUUGGUUGAAGAAUCCCUUAAAUUGUUUAAGGAAAUGCAAAUAGUUGGUAUCUGUCCUGAUGAGGUCACAUACUUGUGCUUGUUGGCUGCCUGUGCCCAUGGAGGGUUAGUUAAAGAAGCAUGGUUCUUCUUUGAGAGUCUUAGUAAAUGUGGCAUGACACCUACAAGUGAGCACUAUGCUUGCAUGGUAGAUGUGCUGGCACGUGCAGGUCAGUUAACCACUGCAUACCAAUUUAUUUGUCAAAUGCCCACAGAACCAACAGCUUCCAUGUUAGGUGCCCUUCUUAGUGGGUGUAUUAACCAUAGAAAUUUAGCUCUUGCAGAAAUAGUUGGCAGGAAGCUUAUUGAGCUAGAACCAAAUCAUGAUGGUAGAUAUAUUGGCUUAUCAAAUAUGUAUGCGGUUGACAAACGCUGGGAUGAUGCGAGAAGCAUGAGAGAAGCUAUGGAGAGAAGAGGGGUUAAAAAAUCACCUGGGUUUAGUUUUGUUGAAAUAUCUGGAGUCCUUCAUAGAUUUAUUGCUCAUGAUAAAACACAUCCUGAUUCAGAGGAAACUUAUUUUAUGCUAAAUUUUGUUGUCUAUCAAAUGAAACUUAGCUGUCACGAAGACAAUCAGGAAAGAUCGCUGAAUGAUACAUCAAUGGAAGAUGACUUGCUUCUCUUUUGAGGAGAUGGUGUUAAAAGUUUGUAGCAAUUUAAAUUUUUGAAAGAAUUAUAGCAAAUAAUCUAUAGCUCUAUACUAUUUAUAAUCAGAAGUGCUUUUGGUUUAUGGGUUUAGCAAAAUGUCUUCACUUCACAUUAAGUCCUUUAUAAGUUUUUUUGGAGUUCAGAGAUUUUUCCUGCUUUAAAAUGGAGGCAUCAUUCUCCCACUGUAAAUUUUUUUAUCAAAGAAAGAAAGAAAUUCAUGCAAAAUGUACGUUACAUCUCGCUGAAUGUAAAAUUUGAACUGUAACUAUCAGUUAAUGAGUGGGGAAAAAAUUGUACGCCCGAGUUA